UAUAUUUGGUGGACGAAAUCGAAUGGGAACCUCUUCGUGGACAGACAGAUGGUGUUGGUUCUGUCGUUUAGGAAGGAAGUGCGACCUGUGAGCUUACACGUCCAGCAUGGCGAGAACAUUCCUGGGGUUUACUGUUGUUGUAGUUCUCCUGUGUGCUUCAUUUACAGCAUCGAAGUCUCAAAAGCCAAAGAUCCAGCAGAUGAAGUACCGGUCAUCAAAGUCAUAUAAAAUUUUGGCAGACGAGUACACAGACCACCUGACAUUCGAGUACCUGGUGAAGAAGAUGCUCGUCCCUCGUGUCCCAGGGACGGAGGGCAUCAAACAAGUCGGUGAUUUUAUCAAGAUUACCUUGGAGGCAAUGGGAUGGUAUGUCGAGGAAGACAUAUUUGAAGACAUGACUCCUCAUGGCAUAAAGACAUUCAGAAAUAUAAUCGGCACUUAUGACAUCAGCAAGCCACAGAGGCUUAUUCUGGCUGCUCAUUACGAUUCUAAAAAUAUCACAUCUUCUAAAGGUCACCAAUUUCUUGGAGCAACAGACUCUGCUGUUCCUUGUGCCAUCUUACUUGACAUGGCUAGACAACUGGACUGUCUACUCGCCAACAGCGACGGCAAAAAGACUAAGGACACUACCCCUCAGCUGGUGUUUUUUGACGGAGAAGAAGCCUUCAUUGAAUGGACUGCCCAGGAUUCUUUAUAUGGAUCUCGACAUCUAGCAGAAAAGUGGAGUCAAACGCCACAUCCAGUAUUCAGCGAAAAGAAUUAUUUAUCUUCCAUAACAGCAUUCGUGUUACUUGAUCUGAUUGGAUCAACAGAUGUGACAUUUUCUAGCUUCUUCCCACAAACAGAAGAAUUGUUUGAAUAUCUUGUAAAAAUUGAAGAAACAUUGACAGAGAAAAAAUUCCUAAAUGAGACGGGACUACAGCGGCGUCGAAAGCUGUUUCAUUCCAGCAGACAUGGUGGAUUCAUGGGUGGGGGAAUAGAGGAUGACCAUAAACCAUUCGAGAGGAGAGGUGUUCCCAUACUUCAUCUUAUUUCAUACCCAUUCCCGAGAGUGUGGCACAAGAUGUCCGACAACGCCAAGGCAAUUGAUUAUGCUGUUACUGAAAAUUUUAACCGUAUCUUCCGGACUUUUGUCGCAGACUUUCUCCAUCUAGAUGCAAACUUAAAUGCGUGUCGUCGACGGCGAAAAUAACAUUACCAUGGCAACUAGUACAGCAAGCGUCUCAAGAAUUGUAUUGAAGGGAUAUGCAAGGUCACUGUUUUUAGCAUGUCUAUAUUUUCUUACUUUGACAAGAUUAAUUCAAUAAGAUAAUGUGAUAAUCCAAAAUAUAUAUCAAUGGAUUGAAAGGAAUUUUUAUUAACGUUCAUGCUGAAAUGAAUGCGAUUUGGUAUUAUCCCUAUCAUAGGAAGCCUGAUGAAGCUUCAUGAUAAGACAUAUCAUUUGGCAUUCAUACUAGUAUGAAUAAUAAUAUUAUCCAUUCUGUAUAUACUCAUCUAAAAUAAAGGCACAUGGCUGAAAUAAUUGAUAUAUCGUAGCUUACCUGGUCCAAAGGACCAAUGACCUUGGCUUCUUGUCUGUCUUUUGACUGUCCCUCAGCUUUUGUUUUAAAUGCUACUUGUCAGGAAUGCCUAACUGGAUUUUGAUCAAUUUUGGUAUUUGGUAUUUUGGGUGAAGGGGACUCAAUUUUUUUUUCACCUGUGACAAAUUCGCUAAGUGAGACUUUGGUGUUAAAUUUCCAGUGGCAAAAUAAUCAAGGUGGACUCAAUUUUGUAUAAAUUGGUCACAGGGCCCAAUGUGUUAAAGUCAUUGAUAAUCAAAAUCUCAGGGUAAUAAUAUUUGAAAUGUACCAUUUACAAGGGUUAUGGUUCACCAAUCACAAUAAUUGAAUCAACAAAGUCUUAGCUGUGGAACAGGUGAGCGAUACAUGCUGUUUGUUAUAUAUAUUCUCAUGAAAUGAGGUUUGUAGGAUUUUUAAGCAUUAUUUGUUAUGUCCGUGCCAUGAAGAAGGAUAUAUUGUUUGACCUUUGUCCAUCUGUCUGCAAGGACACCCCCUACACAUAUUGUUUGACCUCUGUCCAUCUGUCUGCAAGGUCAACCGCUGUGAAUAUGUUUUGACUUCUACAGUAAGGUUGAGCUUCAUGAUUUCACAGGUUGUUUGUAGAUAUACAAGUGUAGCAAUGAUGGAAGGUUUUGAUUUUGUCACAAUUUAAGCCACUAAUUUUAAAUUUAUUUUCAAUAUUUGGCUAACUACUUAAAGGUUUAUUCCAAAAGGAGGCUAAACCAUGUCUUUGCUACAAAUUCAGAAUGCUUUAAUGGAUUUACAUCAUUUUUUUUACAACCUCGGAGAAACAAGUUCAAUUUUAUGUAAACAGAGGGUAAUGUAUUCAGUAAUUACAGGGUCUGAUGUCUUGACCAUUAUAAUAUGUAGGAGGCUGAAUCUUUAUAAAUCAGCGGUUUAAAACCACUUGGGGUAGAUGUGCCCAAUAUGGGAAAUGAAAUCCUUCUGCACAGGUGAAGGGAUAAAUUUAAUCUGAAAUAUUAUUGAGUCUGAUCCCCAAUGGGCAGGAGGGUGGGGCCCACCCUCCAAGACUUUAUCUGUUGAUUUCCAAUUGGGGAAAUAAAGAUGAAAUAUUUAAGAAGAGGUUUUUUUUAAACUGAAUUUGCCAUAAAUCAUCUUUGGAAUCUGGAAAGAAGAUGCUACAUUUUGAUUAUUACUUGUAUAUGAUGUAAUCCAGGUGAGUGAUACAGGCCCUCUUUGCCUCAUUUAUGAUUGAACUAAGUAUAUUGAUCUAUUGAUGUAGCAAUCAAUAACCUAAGUGCCCUUUGACCCCAUCCAUUAGAAUACAGCUAACAUUAAUCUGGUCACAAACUCUUAUUUAUUUUACAAAGGUUACAUCAUCUUAUCAAACCACAAAAGGAAAUGUAUCUAUUGUGUUUACUUGAAGCAGCACUAUGCCCAGGUAGUAAUGAGAUAUCUCCAUUUUAGGGACCAAUACUUCUGCUUGAAAAUUCAUCAUUGAGAUCUAUUGUCAUGUUAUAUGUUGAUAUGGAUGAUAAACUGUGUAGGCAUAUCAGUGUUGUACGCUGACAGAUCCUGUUAUUGUUAAUGGGCAGUGUCCGUGAGUGAGAUCUUUUCAAUAAUAUACCUGCUGAUUGUGAAUCCAUUUAGAUGUGUCACCAGCUAUAUUAUUUAAUUAUGUUAUGAUGGAAUCUGUGACAGUUGUAUGGUAUGAUGUCACUCAGAGACUUUAUCUGUUGAUUUCAAUCAUCAUAACUCAUCCAGACUAAGUAACAAGUGUUUUUAAAACAUCACUGAUUUAAAAGGAGAAAUUUUAUAAUUCAAAUGAGCUAUAAAUAGCAGUUCCAUACUUAGAUGCCAUAGUUUGAUGUUUUAAAAGUUUGACAAUCACUAAUACAAAUAUCAUGUUAAAGAUAUUGACUAGUUUAACACCAUCUACCCCAUACAGCUAUAACAACCUAUUGCCAUCAUGUCUGGGGUUGUGGCAAUCCACUGUUUGUAAACUUUUUUUUAAAAACACACCUGAAUGGAUUUCAACCAAACUCGCUCAUACAUCGGUAAUGUGGGAAGGUCAGUCAUGUCUUUAAAUAAAGUUGGUUUGGUCCACUGGGUCAUGCUAUCUCCUGUAUCUCUGGGGGUAGGGUCAGGAAAUUUGGUAUAGAUUUUCUUGAAAAACUACUUAAAGCAUUUGUAAAAUUACAACUUGGGUGAAAAUCACUAAGUUAGGGCAAUAUAGUUUCUUAAAUACAGAUUAGGCUGAUUGGACCCUUUGUACAAGUGGGCAGGGCACCAAAGGGGAAAGUUUGCUCUAAAAUACUACCCACCUAUAAACAACUGAGCCAGUUUCAACUUGACAGUGUAACAUGUCGAAAUUCUACAGAUAAUACGCAAUCAUCAUUAUUUUUAUAAGUAACAGUAAAACAUUGAGUGUCUGAUCACAUUUAAGGCCCCAUGGGCCUCUUGUUUAGUUGUUUGGGAAGUGCUGAUACAAUUGUUUGAUAUAAAUUUUGUAUAAUGAGGCACUAUUUCGGUUAAUAUAUCGACAUUUGAAAUGUUUACUUGUACAACAUGAUAGGUUAAAGGUGACAGCAUUACUGUCAGUCGUUCAUUUAACAUCAUGUCAUCAUUGUAUGAUGUCUUGUAUUGUAAAUCACAAAUUUUCACAAUGUUAUAUUAAUUGACACACAUUUUGAAAAUAUGAAGCAGAGCAACACAACAGUAUAUGAUAGAAAGGGAGACAACCAAGAUAGUACACAAAACAGAUUGUCUCCCUUGUAUCAUAGAAAACAGGCGUAUAUUUUAAACAAGGAUGUGGUUGUUAAGAAUGUUUUAAAUUCUAUAUAAUGUUCAUGUUUUCAAAAGUGUUUGUUUCAAUAUUAAAAUUCCAUUAAAUUCCAUGAAAUUUAAA